AUGGCUUCCGCAUACUCGGAGUCCGAGCCAGUUCUGGUGUCCCGUCUCUCGAAGGCGGGUUUUGAGCAGGCUGAGCGCGAUCUCAUCCUGAAGCACGUUAAGAGCUUGAAGCAGUUGGCCUUCGUGAGCUCCUUUGCUCCGGGGGCUGCGGACGAAGGCAGCUUUCAGAGCACUUCGGAGAUGCGACAGCAAGUUGAAAGGGUCGAGGAGCCGACAGUUCGUCAUUUGAGUCAGCCCGAGAGGGCUGAGAGAAUUGAGCGACAGCGUUCACAGUUGACUGGCAUCACGAUAAAGGGUUCCUCGGAGCCAUCAGAGGCCCUGGUCGACCUUUGCGUCGGUCAGUAUGAGGCCAAUGUGAUCCAGUAUGUCCCUUGGUCUAAGUGCACGUCGCGGGAACAGGAGCUCCUGGGCGACGGUAAGAAGGACCUGAAGCUUUCGAUAGACGGCGAGAGUGGUAAGCUCAAGGUAGAAAACAAGGCCAAGGAUCAGGUGGCUGACACGUCCACUGAAGUGAUGCUUCUGCAGGCUCUGCAGAGGCGUGCUCUUACAUUCGAUCAGGCUAACAUUGUUUCUUUCACGAAGCUUGACAUGUGGCAUCAAAAGUUGAUGAAGGCGAGGCUGACUGCGCCCCCGCCGAGUUACCAGCAGGUUACCUUCGCUCAGUUGCAAAAUGCAGACUCGAGGCUCUUUUUGGAGCUUCAGGACCAUACGCGCACAGGCAUUCAGUCGGAUGCCAAAGGCCGUCCGAUCGAUGGGAUCAUAGAUUCUGUCAGCUGCAUGCAUGAGGUGGUUUCGCUGAUGCAGCCGCUCCAGGGCGGCCCCUCGUCUUCGUACGGUCCCAGUGAGCCUGCUCGUCUGCGAGAGUCGCCGUACAAAGGUAAGGGCAAGGGCAAAGAUGGCAAAGGGAAGAAGCGCUUCGUUGCCAUGCCAAGCGAGCUUCGUGGGUGCAAUUCGCACACCGCGAAAGGGCACCCGAUCUGCUAUGCCUUUAACCUGGGGUCAUGCCCGAACAAGGUGACCGGCAAUAAAUGUGAGAAGGGCGGGCGCUUGACUAUCAAGUUCAACCCCGGCCCCGGUGCAAAGGGGUCGGCGGCAGGGUCUGGGGGUGGCGAAGGCCAUUCUCGAGCAAUCCAGCAAGUGCUUACGGCCCAUCCCGAAGGGGAUGAGCCUCUUUUGAGUGCGCCCGAAGGGGCCCAAGCAGUGUCAUUUGAAGGGCAAGGAUCGAAACUCGAUCCGAAAGUGCAUGCGGACUCUUAUGCUGAGGAGCUUCUGUCUUUGGGCAGGGAUCCCACGGCCCAGGAGUUAAUUCGUUUGUUUGACAUGCUGCCUCAGGAGCCGCUUUUGAGCAAUACUCGUAACGAUGGAGCCGUGGCCUUCUCGACUGGUGCCUAUGUGAAGGGGCCGCUGCUCGGUCUCAGGAGCAACUGCAACAAGCAUCCGGCGGCUUCGAGGGUUUUCGCUCAGGCAGUGCAACGCGCUGCCCCAGGGAUGCAAUUUUCUACUCUGAGUGUGUUUUCAGACCUUAAGACGGAGCCUCAUGUCGACCGCUUCAACUCUCCUUUCCCGAACAUUCUUGUGCCACUCAGCAAUUUUCAGAAAGGCGAGGUCUGGGUCGAGUCGGCUCAGGGCGAUUUUCCUCUUGAGGUCGAUGGUGUUACGAAGCGUGGCAUCUUGAUCGAUGUUGCCUCCGGACCGAAGGCCUUCUAUGCUUGCAGCCAUGUGCACGCUACACGGCCGUGGAGCGGUCGACGCGUGGUCAUAGUUGGGUUUUGCGUUGCUAGGGUCCAGGAGCUUGAUGUUGAAUGUAGGGCGCGGUUAGCUGAGCUGAGCUUCCCUGUUCCCCAGACGGCGCCCAACUUUAGUCCGGAUUUGAUCGAAGUCGGGGGAACCUUUCAUGACCUCAGAAGUUCUCAAGUGGAUGAGGCAUGUGAUGCCCUCCCGGCUCAACUGCAAGCCGCUUCUUUGAUGUGCCUUGACCUCUUUUGCAAUGCAGGUGAGUUUGGAGCCUCCUUGAGGGCCGCCGGAUUCGAUGUGCUCGCGGUUGAACAACCGCACCUAAAGCAGAGAGCUCUGAUCAGCGUUGUGUCGUUGGAUCUCAGGAAGGCUGCCUCAUGGGAUUUUCUAGUUAAGGUUGUACUCGCUAGGAGGGUCGUCUUUGUGCUUGCUGCCCCCACUGUGGCCGCUUCUGCGGGCGAACUUCCAGCAGGUUUUGCCCAGGUGUCGUCCGAACUCAGCUCUUUCUUGGCUUUCCUCGCCACUCUUGAUAUCGGAUGGUGCGUCUUGAAUCCGCUGACAAGCCGACUGUGGUCGACUUUGGCUCUGCCUGCCUCGCAAGCUGUGAAGUUCGACCUACGUGCCCAUGGUGGCGAGCAGCACCGCCAGAUGCUGUUGCAUACUAACGUCCAGACUUUAAGUGCUCUCGCUGUGUCGGCCGACGACAAUCAGGAACCUUCUAGAGCCUUCCAGUCAGUGACUUCACUGCGGGCCCGGCCGCGUUUGUUGUGCAGUCGGCUCGCCGCCCAGGUAGUUGUUUUCCCGGGUUCACUAGGGUUUGCUGUGUCCCCUGAUGCAGUCAAGCCAUCUGCCAAUCAUCGAUCCUCCAUUGCAGUGCAGCGCCAGCCCAAGGUCUCCAAGGUGCCGCCGCUCAUGCCCGAAUACAAGCAUCGGGUUACUUUGCAGGUUCCGUCCAUGGACGCUCUACGUUAUGAUGCGAAAAACUCCUUGACGGCCGCUUUUCAGUCGGUGCCUGUCGGUGCCCGCAUCCUUCAGGUGGUGCCUGUGCAAGGGGGCGAGGGUCCUUCAGGUUCGGGCUUUAGGGUUACGUUUGGGGUUUACAGGACCGAGGAUGAGUUCGUCAGGACAGCAGUUACUCUAUCUCAUCCUUUCGACCUGUCUUCUGCAGUGCCGGACGAGAUGCUCGAGAUUCUUGCGUUCACCCUCACGAAAGGGCCCUUGGCAGUCAUGAGGCAUCGCUUGGACACCUUGACGAAAUGGAAAAAGUGGUCUCAAGAACUUCGUGGAGCCGAGGCCUCCUUGCACGCGAGGCUUCACCCAGAUGUCGAGAAGAUAGUUGCCCGCAAAAACUUGACCCUCCUGCGGCGUGUGGCCGAGGAUUUACAGUGGCCUGAUGCCACGAUAAUCGACGACAUCGAGAAUGGCUUUGAGCUCGUGGGUGAGGCCAAGCUUACAGGCAUCUUUGAGGUGGACCCGAAACCCUCUUCGAUGUCCGUUGACGAGUUGCUUGAGCACGCUAAGUUCUUGAAGCCAGCCCUGUGGGGCAAGGUGUCGGGCGAUGCGAGCCACCCGGAUGAUCAGGAGCUCUGGGAUCUCACUUGUGCUGAAGCUGACGAGAAAGGUUGGUUGCAUGGACCCUACACGUGGGAGCAACUGCAGAACAUGUUUGACUCCAAGUGGAUACCUGUGCGCAGAUUCUCCAUCAGACAAAAGAACAAAUUGCGGCCCAUCGACGACCUGUCCGAGAAUGCCGUCAAUCAAGCUUGGGCAGUAAUGGAGAGGAUAGGUUUGCGUGCGCUUGAUGAAAUCACUUGGGCAUGUAUGGCUUUGAUGAGGACCAGCUUGGGGCGACGCGAGGUUUUCUUCCGGAAGUCCGACGGCUCCGUCUUGUCGGGGCCUUUGCAUUCGUAUUGGCACCAAGACGCUCGCCGCUGCUCGCCGGUCUUGAAGACUACGGAUCUGCGCUCAGCUUAUAAACAGUUCGCUAUACGGCCGGAACACCAUCGGAUGUGCGUGGUGACCUUGAAGGAUCCGGCGGACGGCUCAACAAAGGGGUUCGUCUGCCGCGUUUUGCCGUUCGGGGCCCUGGCCUCGGUCGGUCAGUUCAACAGGUUUUCGAGGUUGUGGCAAAGGAUUCUCUGGGAGCUGAAGCUCGCUGCGGCGAGCUACUUCGACGAUUUUCCGUCGGUGGAGGUCAGGGCCCUUGCCGAAAACCAUGACUCCUCCGUGAAGGCAGCGUUGCGCCUUUUUGGAGUUGACUGGGCGAGCGACAAGGACCUUCCCUUCUCACCGACGGCCGAUGUAUUGGGCGUCCGACUGGAUGCGACGGAUAUGGAGGGCGGAGUGCUGAGGGUCAAAAACAAGCCAGAAAGAUCCAAGGAAAUUGCCUCUUCGAUUGAUAAGAUCCUUGCGGAUGGCUGUAUUGAUCCGAAGCAGAUCCCCUCUUUGUUUGGCCGGAUACAGUUUUCGGAAAGUCAGUUGAUGGGCCGACAGGGGCGCCUGGCUUUGGCUCAGAUUCGCUGGCUUUCGAGUGCUCGUCACCGUCAUGUUCUAUCUUCCCUGGACGCCACUGUCUUCAGAAGCUUGAGGGAGAGGAUGCUUGAGGGCAGGCCGCGCGAGAUCCAGGUUCUUCCCAUUGGCGGCCAGACUCUUGUUUUCACUGACGGUGCAUGCGACAAGCUGGGGGACAAGUUUAGCUGCUCAAUCGGAGGUGUCAUGUAUCGGGUGCUUCCAAAUGGUUUUCGCGAGACGAGGGCGUUCGGGUGCUACCUGGACGAAUCGGUCGUCGAGCAAUGGGCGGGACUGGGCAAGAGACACCUGAUAGGUCCUACCGAGCUUUUCGCGGUGGUGGCGGCCAGACACGUCUGGAAAGAUUUCCUGAAUGAUCAGAGGGUCGUCUUCUACGUGGAUCACAGUGGUGUUUUGUCUGCGAUGAUCAAAGGGUCUUCCCGCGAUGAUCUCUGGAGGAGCAUCUUGCUUCACUACGAGUGUGCCGACUCGAUGGGGCCAGCGAUCUCGUGGUUCGCUCGGGUCCCGAGCAAGUCGAACCCUGGCGAUGGGCCUUCGCGGUCCGACUGGAGAUUCCCUAUUUUCGGCGAGUACUUCGAAGAUCGGAUUGUGUGCUUCAUAAGCGGCAGAGUUCUCAAAGUCACGGGGCAAAGAGUGCAGGGGCUUGCAGGAGUGAGGGUCCCGAAUGCACCGGGGCAGAGCUGGGAUCAACAACUCUCCGAAGCAAGGGAGGCGGCUUUGGCAAAGUGGCUUGGGAUUCUUGAGAGGUUCCCCGAGGAUUUUGGUUUGACUUUGUCGAUUCGGUUAGACCGGGAAAAUGGACGAGAUGCCGACUUGAAGACCUUAUUGCAAGAUGUGUUUUCUCAGAAGGCGAGCGUCACGAUCUCGGGUCGUGCUGGGCCUCUUGCCAGGUACAUCAAGCACUGCCGAAGUUGCCAGGUCAUUCCUUUCCCUGUCACUGAAGCAGGGAUCUAUGCUUUCCUACAGGAUUAUGCAUCUCACGAGGCGCCCACUUUCGCCAGGAGUUUCUUGAGCAGCCUUGCUUUUGCAAAGUUCACUGUGAGCUUGAAGGUGAGUGAUGAAGUCUUCAGCCCCAGGGUCCCUGGGCUGUCGUCGAAGCUAUAUCUUGACAAGAGAAAGACUCGACAGAAGCCAGCUCUUAAAGUUGAUCAUGUGCGCAAGUUGGAAGCCAUUGCAUCUGGUUCGAUCAAUCUCGAACCCGCAGAUCGGGUCGCUGCCGGCUUCUUUGUUUGGACCCUUUACGCACGAGCGAGGUACUCAGAUGCCCAGGCUGCAGGUGCAAUGACUUGCGACUUGAGUGAUACCCCAGAUGGCGUUGUGGGAUACCUUGAGGCUGCUGUUGAGCGAAGCAAAACUUCGUUUUCACUUGAAAGAAAGGUCAGGUAUUUGCACAUGUUCGCUCCCAUCCAGGGAAUAGGCGAGGUGCCCUGGGGUGUUAAGUGGUUUGAGUUCUAUAAAGUGCAUGGGCCUCCUUUGGGGACGGGUAAGCCCUUGCUUCCGAGUCCGCUCUCUGGAGGAGGGUGGCAAACGGCGCCGUUGGCGGUGGCAAGUGCCACGAAAUGGAUGAAGUCACUCUUGAUCCGUGCAGGAUGCGACAGGUCUUCCGUCGAACCGCUUGGGACGCACAGUCUCAAGGCGACGACCUUGAGUUGGAGCGCCAAAUUCGGAUUAGCCCGCGAGGUGAGGGCGGCCCUUGGUUAUCACGCCAGGGGCCGUGAUGGAACCGAGAUCAUCUAUGGGAGAGACAACAUGUCUGCUCCUGUGCGCCGGCUGCAAGAGGUCCUGCUCGAAGUGUCACGCGAAAGGUUCAUGCCGGAUGCCACCAGGUCCGGCUACUUCGUGAAGCGCUUUGGAGAGCCGGAGGGGAUGCCCAUUCCUCCUGACGAGGUUCUGUCGGAUUCUUCUUCCGAGGCCAGCGAGGAUGCCGAGGAUGUCGAUCAUGAAGCUGCGGAGGCCGCCGCCGAUGAGUUGGGGAGGCAAUGGGAGCCCGAUGCAGGAGGGCGACAAGUUCAGAUGUGGCAGGAGCAUCUCAACCAGCUCACGCAUCGCAUUGUGUAUGCAUUAGAACAUGCUGACAUACUUCAUGUGACUUUUAAGCGGAUUGCUAGCCGGGUCCUUCUCCUGAAGAUGGCGAACUACUCUGAGAGCCAAUCGGUUCUGCAGUCACGAUUGAGCGUCGUGGGUUUCGCGGAAGGAGAUGUCCUGAAAAUUCUGCCUGAGGUGGGAAACUUGAGGAGGCUGGCUUUCAUUUCUUCUUUCACCCCUGGCCAGACAGACGAGGAGCCUUUGAUGCGGGUGUUGAAGGAUAUCUUGAAACGAGAUCUGACAAUCGCAGACAAGGCCAAUUGGCGUGCGGUGUACAAUGAGGCUUAUGCCAUUGUGACCGCGGAAAUGAAGCAGCGGAUCGAGAAGGCCGAUCCCGAGUCGACUGUCAGGCCAUUGUCGCAGCCUGAGAGGUCUGAGCGUUACGAGCGGCAGGCAAAGAAGCUUGUCGGAAUUUCGCUAAAGGGGCCUCUGGAGCCUGCCGAUGCACUUGUCGACCUUGCUGUGGCCUCCUACGAGGCGAAUGAGCUCAGGUACAUUCCGUGGGACCGGUGUGUGUCAAAGGAAGCUGAAUUGGCUGGCGAGAAGAAGCGAGAUGUUAGGUUCACGGUCGAAGAGUCCUCUGGCAAGCUUCGGAUUGAGCAUAAGCAGCCUGACUUGGUUGCGGAUACUUCAUCAGAGAUUCUUGUUCAGCAGGCCCUCACGAGGAGGUCUCUGGCCAUGGAUCAGGCGAACCUGAUCGAUUUCAGGGUCUCCGACCAAUGGACUCAGCGCUUGAUGAAGGCUCGCAUGCAGACGCCUGCGGAGCAUUUUGUCAGGCCCACUUGGAAGCAGCUUGAGUCGGCGGAUCGGCAGCUGUUUGCCGAGCUUCGUGAUAAGACCAGGGCAGGAGUGCAGACCGUCGCAUCGGGUCGCCCGUUGGACACACUUCUGCCAGAUGCGAUGUACAUGAACGAAGUGUCAUGCUUAUUGCAACCUUUUCCGGCCCCUGCCCUAAAGGAUGUUCCCCAGAAGCCGGAUGCUCCCAAGUGGGAGAGGCCAUCUCCUUACACCAAAGGUGGGGGCAAAGGAAAGAAAGGCUGCUCGACGAAGGGGCAGAAGUGCGAGAAGGGCUUGCACAUCUGUGCAGCGGCCGGUGCUCCAGAGAGUGUGCAUCAGCCGGCAGCGAGGACAGCACAGGUGGAUGAUCUCCGAGAGGGAGUUCAUCGGCCGAGCAAUGCAUGCGCGGGCGGCUCUCCUCCGAGUGGAGUGGAUUGUCGUCCGCAAUCAGGUGUUGAUCGAGAGGAUCAUCACGUGCACAACGUUGGCUCUCACAGUGCCAUCGCCAGGCCAUCACCAGGUGUGGUGGAGGCCGCACGCAGCAGGUCCCCGAAGCCCCGUGACGGGGCGGAGUCACGGAGCCGCACAGCGGGCUCUACACUUGACGAGGGUCAUGUGAGUGCCACCGAUGUUCUGCGAGUCUUCGAUGGUCUUCCUUCGGAUGCCUUGAAGAGGGGUGCCGAUGCACCUCUCCCAACUUCGAAAUCUUAUGCCACGGGAGCGUAUGUUCUUGGUGGUAAUGUGGGCCUGAAGGCCAAUGCCUCAGCCAACCCGGAGGAUGUUCGCACUGAGCGCCAUCGUGAUCAGUGGAAUGCCAACUUGCAUAACUUGGCGAUUGCACUGACUGAAUUCUCAGGUGGAGCCAUCUUUGUGGAGCAUGAAAACGGCCGCGCUGGCUGGCAUGCCGGUGCCAGCAUGUCACCAGAUGUCUUGUACACACCCAAAUUCCGUGAUAUGUUUGCUGGCCUCCUGCAGCUGGCGGUUGGCCAGUCUGGCCUCUUACUUGAGCACGCUGUUCCACUGCAGAGUUCGCGGCAUUCUGCCGUCGCAGCCGCUGGGCGGCAGCCUCGAUUGUCAAAAUUCCAGCCGCAGAUCGCCGAGUUUAAGUGCCAGGCCACGGUCCGUGAGUUCCCGUGGCCCCUUCCUUCGGAUAAUAAAGGCAAUCUCACAUGUGCCGUAGGGUCCAUCCCUCCUGGCUCCCGCCUUCUUCGCGUUGUGUGUGAUCGGGGGGUCGUCGGUGCGAAACAGGUCGGAAGCCUGUCAGGUGUGCCUUCAGCAGUUACCUUUGGCAUUUACCGCACGGAACAAGAGUUUGUGGCUCAGGCAUUGCAUAUCGAUCAUCCCUUCGACUUGUGCGUGGCAGUCCCAGACUUCAUGUUGAGAGCGUUGGCUUUUACCUUGAAAGAGGGCCCGGUUGGUGUGAUGAAACACCGUCUGAAUUUGCUCCAGCAGUGGACUUCUUGGAAACGCGAUUUGGCUGGUGCCGAAGCAAAUCUGCAUGCUGCCAUGGAUCCUGGUGUAGCUUCUGUUAUGAAGGGCAAGAACAUCUUGCUUUUGGAGAAGAUUGCAUCAUCUUUCAGUUGGCCUGACACUGAAGUCUUCGAACACCUCAAGCAUGGGUUUCCUUUAGUGGGGGAGUCGAGUCCUUCUGGCAUCUUCGAUGUGGAUAGAAAACCGGCUCUGAUGACAAGGGCAGAGCUUGUGCAGCAUGCUAAAUUCCUUAGGCCUGCGCUGUGGGCGAAGGUGGCGAACGCGGAGGUGGACGAUUUGGCUCGGGAAGUGUGGGACUCCACACAGCAAGAGAUGCUAGUCAAGGAGUGGCUAACAGGGCCUUACUCGUGGGACGAGCUGCAGGCCCGUCAUCCAGAAGGCUGGCUUCCAGUGCGGAGGUUCGGCAUUGUGCAACAAGCCAAGACGCGGUCGAUAGACGAUUUGGCCGAGAACUCUGUAAACUGCGCUUAUGCUGUUUCCGAUCGGAUUUCUUUGAGGGCCCUUGAUGAAUUGGUCUGGCUUGCGAUCACCCUCUUUAAGAUCUUCAUUGCAAAAGGCGAGGUGAGCAUCCCUUUGUCGGACGGUGACCAUCUUCGCUUUCCGGUGCAUUCUUUCUGGAGGGCCCUGAAGCCCGAUGCGCUUCAGCCGAGCUUGAAAACAGUGGACUUGAAAAGUGCUUAUAAACAGUUGGCGGUUUCUCCACGAGACCGCUGUCUGAGCAUAGUGGCCAUCAAGGACCCGGUUUCGGGGCUUGCGUUUGGCUUCGAGAGCCGAACCCUUCUGUUUGGGGCCACCUCGUCGGUGGUUUCAUUCAAUCGCGUUGCAAGAUUGCUCCAAAGGGUUCUGAUUGCGUUGCAGGUGCUCGCCUGCAACUACUUCGACGAUUACCCGGUGUUAGAGGUCUUGCCGCUUUGUAACAACACGCAGUCGACUGUCAGAGCCGCGUUGGACCUGCUGGGUUUCGCCUGGGCAGAAGAUAAGGAUCUUCCCUUCAGCCAUGAGGCCGAACUUCUAGGCGUUCGGGUUGACCUUGGUAGCUUUGGGGUAGUUAAGAUUGGGAAUAAGCCCGAACGUGCUACUGCCAUCGCUGAGGCGGUGGACUCCGUCUUGAGUGCGGGCCAUCUUGAUCCGAAGACUCUGCCGUCUUUGUUCGGUCGCCUCCAGUUUGCCGAGGGUCAGCUGCACGGGCGAUUGGGCAGAUUGGCACUGGCCGACCUUAGGGCGUGCACGAUGAGUUCUCAGGCCAAAGCCCUUGAUGCCACGGCUGUGCAGGCCCUUUGUAAUCUUAGGUCCCGGGUUCUUGGGGGUACCCCUAGGAUAGUCCCGGCCUGUGUGGGGUCUCGCCGUUCUGUGAUUUUCACAGAUGGAGCGUACGAGCCGACGAAUGAAACUCACCCCGCCACUGUCGGAGGAGUCUUGUACCAUUUCGACAACGGCGCGUGGUGCACUUUCUUCUUUGCAUGUGCUAUCCCUUUGAGCGUUGUACAGAGCUGGGAGGCUCUCGGGAAAAGGCAUUUGAUAGGCCCAGUUGACAUGUAUGCAGUGGUAUGUGCGAGAGAAGCGUGGUCGAAGCACUUGAACAUGCAGAGGGUGACCAUGUAUGUGGAUCACUCCGGAGUGUUGGCCUCUUUGGUGAAAGGCUCUUCAAAAGACCCUUUGUGGAGGCAACUCUUGCUGAUCUUUGAGAGCUUCGACGCUGAGGCGAAUCAACGGGAAGUCGUGCAGCAGAGCCUGCCGAGGCACAAGGUAGCUCCCACAGCAGUGGGAGGCGGGGCCUUGGCUCGUGGGGUUUCUUCGAUGGCUGCUGAAGCUUCGGCCUCCGAUCUCUGUGAUCGUUUCGAGCGGCACCUCCAGCACUUGACUUAUGAUGUUGUGGCCCCAAUCAGCUAUCCCUGGGACAAGAAUAAGGCUUUGUCUGCCAUCUUCUCAGGAAAACCAGGCAGAAGCGUCGACCUCCAUAGCGUCAAGGUGCCUAGAGUCGUGCCGCCGCCGGGCACGCAGUACAGGCGGCCAGGUGAUUCAGUCGAGCCGCUGCCGACGGCUCUGCCGUGUGCCAAGGUCGUGCCCGUCUUUGAGAUUGCGCUUAAGAAGCCCAGGCUACAGGCAGGUGAGAAGGCCGGAGUCGAUCGAGAAAAUGUGCUACGUCGGUGGCUAUGUGUUCUGCACUCACCUGGCGCCUCGAGGUUGGGGGUUCUCAUAUGGGCGCAAGGCGAGUCCGACCCCUUGGGUGUCGUGGCGCAGGCCUUGGCAGGGAAAGCUACAUCGACUCUGCUCAAGCGAGCCCGUUUUUCUGCACGAUUCGUCUGCUGGGCCGACAAGCAUCAUAUGAAAGCUUUCCCGAUGAGCCUCGAAUUUCUUGUGAGCUUCCUCAAACCACUUGCUGCCGAAGCCAGGAACAGUGCCAUUCGUGAGGCUAUGGAGACUGUGAAUUUCCUUGAACAUGUUCUAGGAAUUGAGAUCGAACAAGGAAUCGGCGACAACCCUUGGGUCAAGGGAGCGCUGCGAGGAGCCAACAUUCGCACCUGUGACCCGAAACGAUCGAGAGUCCUGAAGGUCGAGGAGGUGCUUCUCCUCGAAGGAGCGCUGAUAGACGGCGCCCUUGACAAGGUGGACAGGUACGCCACUGGAGUCUUCUUGUUCCAGCUUUACUCCAGGGCUCGAGUGUCGGAUCUGAGGAACAUUUCGAAGCUUGAGCUUGACCUUGAUGGCGAUACGGGUUUCAUCGAAGUCAGAACCUAUGAGCACAAGAAUUGCCGGCUGAGCAGUGGACCGGGGGCCGUGCUCAUUUUGGUUGCGCCGUAUCAUGGGCUUCACCAGAAGCCCUGGGGUGCCGCUUGGGUAGAGGCAGCGAAGGCCGUUGGCUUCGACUUCGAGAAAGGGCAUCGCGGGCCGAUGCUCCCCCGCCUGGCUUGCGAUUACUCUUGGAGCGGGGACGCCAUCGAUGCCAACGAGACCACUACAUGGAUCAGGGCGUUGCUCUCUCGGCUGCAAGCGGCCGAAGAAGAUCUUACAUUCUCCUCGCAUGGAUUGAAGGCAACGCCGCUUUCCUGGACAUCGAAAGCUGGAUACGGUGAGAGGACACAACUUGUCCUGGGACACCAUAGCUUAGGUCCAAGUGGGAAAACGCAAGAAGCUUACGCUCGCGAAGUGCAGGCGCAGCCGCUACGAGACCUUGCAGAAUGUCUUGGUGCCAUCCGGCAGGGGGUGUUCCACCCGGAUCGCACAAAGAGCGGGAUGAUUGCAGAUGGUGCGACCAUCCGUGGGUCACGCUUCUCUUUGGCACCCAUGGGUCGGGCCAAUCCUUCGCCAUCUCACGAGAGCUUCGAGUGUGCUCCCGAGGUUGAGCUGGCCGAGGAUGGAGGCGUAGAGCCUCUUGAUGAUCAGGACUUGGGUGAACAAGAAGACGUUCACGAGGCCUCGAGCAGCGAGUCCGAGAGUUCUGGUGAGUCCGAGGAAGAGACUCAUUAUGAAAGUUUUGGAGCAGGCGAGGCGCAGAAUGCGAUCCCGUCUGUGAACAUGGGUCCUGAUUGA